AUGUCGUCGCGUCCCAAGCCAAGACCUCGCGCGCGCGCUCCUCUCGCCCCUCAACCUCCCUCCACCUCCAAUGCGCAGUCCAGCGCUUCGUCAGACCUCGCCUCACAACCUACUCUGAGUGCUCUUGAACAAGAGGACGCUUUUUUUAUCCGCAAGCGUGAUCCCAAGGACUGGGCAUUGCUCCGAAAAGCAGCCGCAGCUGCGGGUGAGUACUUCCAGCUCACGUGUUUCCCAUCACAUCCCUGCCAACACGCCCCCUGCUCCGCGUGUGUAGAAACCAAUGGCCGCAAGCGGAAGUCCAGCGACGAGAGUUCGGAAGAGGAAGAGGACACACCUCGGGUCCGCAAUAACAAGAAGAAGAAAGCGCCUCUCAAGAAGCAAAGUCAGCUCGACUGGACAAAGCAGAAGCCUGCAGACAUUAUCCUCUCCUCGGAUUCUGACGAUGACUUCGAGAUCCUCGAAGGAAAGAUGCGAUCACGAACAACAGACGAUGAAGAAGACGAGGCCCCUCGGACGGGCAGGCUGAGACGGCAACGCAGCCGUUCACUCACCCCGCCUCCUGCCUUGUCCCAAUACGAGAUCCAGCGGGCUAGGGAUGCUGUCAACCAAUUCGUUGGGAUGCACCGUCGAGCCCCUUCUCCCACCGAUGAUACGGACGAAUCGAUUGGUGCGGUGGUCCUCGAUCCAGAACUAGCUUUGAUCGCGCAACAGGCAAAGCAGGAGGCUGCGCUGGCUUACACAACGGCUCCUCGAGUCAACGACAACUCGGACAUCGUUAAGCUCAAAGUCGUCUGGAGGCCCCAUCCACUCAAUCCCAACGGUCGACAAGAACAAUGGGAAUUUACGCAGAAGCGGCACGACAACUUCUUCUUGCUAUUCUCUGACAUUGCCGACACUGCGGGGAUACCGGAAAGCAACCUGGUUGUGUGCUUCAACGGCAAACAAGUCUUCCCGUCUUCCAACCCCUUCGGUAUGGGGAUCUGGUCGGAAGCUGAGUUUGAUGGGUGCGACAGGGUGACAUAUGAGCACAUCCAGAAGAACAAGAGGGUGCGGUCACCUUCGGUGAUCCCUCAUGACAGUCACGAUUUCCAACGGGAUCGUUCUGCAUCGCUCGAGAUGCUGAGUGAAGCUGAAGCGGAGAACGACGGAGGCGCCGCGGAGUACGAACAUGAGCCAGAAGAAGAGACACCUGGCCAGGCUUUCCACCUAACCGUACGUUCCGCGAAGACCUCCGGUGACAUUUCGCUCCUUGUUCGGCCGACCACCAAAUGCGGCGCUAUCGUACGCGCGUUCCUCAAGAAGGCUGGCCUCGACAGCCAGUACUCAGCCAACCCGUUGCCCGUCAAGGGACGCGGUAAGCGUGGCGCAGCGGCCGUGCGGAAGAUGCCAGCCUUGAGCGUCGAUGGCGACAAGAUGGGCAGUGACGUGGAGAUCGGAGAGGCCGACUUGGAGGAUGGGGACAUGGUGGAGGUUGUCGAUCUGUGA